AUGGGGAACGAGGUCGGGCUAGCAGAGUCAACAGACGGCCACGGACCAGUGGCAAAAGAGAGCGAGACGGACGUGAUACUCAUCCCCACUCAUAUCACUGACGACAAUCUGUUUGAUCUCUCGUCGACGUCAUCGGCAGACGUCGUCGAUCCGCCUGAGCUCCCCGCUCCAGUCCGCCCGCGCUCGGCCACCUCGGACUCGAUCGUCACCGCCAGUACCCACUCGGACGCAAAGCCGCGCCUCUCCAUCCGCUCCACCUUUACCUCGCGAUGGCGCGCUGCAGCCUCAGCCUCGGACGCCCUGGUCGCGCAAGCUGCCGUCGCCGAUCGCGAGCGCCGUGCUUCGGACGCGCUCGAGCUCCGCCGCGCCGCGCACGCCGCAUCAGAGGCCGCUGCCCGCCACGCCUCCAUCGCCGCCAUCCGCGCCUCUUCGCGUGCCUCGGGCCUCGCCUCCUCGCGCUCGUCCUCGCUCGCCUCGGCCUCGCUCGCCGCCGCCGUCCGCGUCGACAUAGCCGAGCGCAAGAUGGUUGCUGCAAAGAUGGCGCGAUGGAAGAAGAGGGCUCUCGCCCUCCGCGCCGCUCAGAACGAGGCAUCACGCGCUGCGAGCAAACGCGCCGUCGCCGAGGCCGAGUCCGCCGCUCGCGCACGCAACAAAGCCGUCGCUUGCUCCGCCCGCUCCGCCCGCUCCCGCCGCGCCCGCGAUAAGGCCGCCCGCGAGGCUGCCGCCCUCCACCGUGCUCGCGAGAUCAAGACUCGCGUCCGCCUUGCUCGCGUCGCCCGCGACAUUGAAGGUGCCCAGCAGCGGUCCGCCUUUGAGCGCACGCGCGGCAAGGAUGCCCUCGCCGUACUAUCCCCAGGCAGCGGCCCCGCUGCCAUCGCUGCGGCUAUUCGCGCCGCAGACGCAUGUGCUGCAUCCUCUCGCAUCGCCAGCAUCCGCGCUCGCGUCGCCGCUGAUAGACCCGACCCCUGCGACGCCCUUCCGCCCACCGCUGACCUCGCGUCGGCAUACCGUCGCCAUCGCGAGCGAGAUGUCCGUAUCACUGCCGCCCUCAAGGCACCAACCGACCCGAUCGACCUCUAA